AUUGUUUCUAGAGCAAUAGAUUGGCUUACAUCCGUUCUGUGGGCAUAUAGGCUACAGUGAGUGUUUUCGUUGCCUGUUAAACAUUUCAGUGAGAAAAUGACUAGCUCUCAGUUCAACAAAGGUCCAGCAUAUGGAUUGUCCGCGGAAGUCAAGAGUAGGAUUGCACAAAAGUAUGACCCCCAGAGAGAAGAGGAGUUGCGGAUUUGGAUUGAGGAUGUAACUGGAGAAUCUAUUGGGGAGGACUUUCAGAAGGGUUUAAAGAAUGGCGUCAUAUUAUGCGAACUCAUCAACAAGCUCCAGCCUGGAUCUGUGAAAAAGGUCAACAAUUCAACCCAGAAUUGGCAUCAGCUCGAGAACUUGACCAACUUCAUUAAAGCAAUUACAGUGUAUGGAUUGAAGCCUCAUGAUAUAUUUGAAGCUAAUGAUCUGUUUGAGAGUGGAAACAUGACCCAAGUUCAGACGACUCUCUUGGCCCUUGCUGGCAUGGCCAAGACUAAGGGAGUACAAACCUCUGUGGACAUUGGGGUGAAGUAUGCAGACAAACAUGAGCGAGGAUUCAAUGAAGAAAAGAUGAAGGCUGGUCACUGUGUCAUCGGACUGCAGAUGGGGACAAACAAGUGUGCUAGCCAAGCUGGUAUGAAUGCUUAUGGCACCAGGAGGCAUUUGUAUGAUCCAAAAGCUCAUAUUCUUCCACCUAUGGACAAUUCAACUAUCAGCUUACAAAUGGGAACCAACAAAGGGGCCAGCCAGGCUGGAAUGACUGCUCCAGGAACCCGGCGUGCCAUCUAUGACCAGAAGCUUGGCACUGACAAGUGUGAUAACUCAACAAUGUCUCUGCAGAUGGGCUAUGCCCAAGGAGCUAACCAAAGUGGACAAAACUUCGGAUUAGGCCGACAGAUCUAUAAUCCCAAAUACUGCCCCAAAAAUGAGGACGACAAGGAGGAGAAUGGGCAAGAAACUGAUGGUUGUAUUCAGGAAUACCAAGAUGAAGGAUACCAAGGUUACCAAGAAGAAGGACAAAAUUACUAGUGGAAUGGUUUCUUUUUUUUGGAUUUGCCUGCUCAGUUAUUGAACUUAAGUGCCUUACUUAGUCAUAUAUCAACCAUCCAUAAGAUGUAGUAAUGUGAUUUAAAUGUUUAAUGUCAGAAUGUGUGUAAUUGCACAAUUCAGACCAAAGAGCUGCUUAGUCAGAUGCUAUACCAUACAGUAAGGCUGUGAAGUGCAUGGAAUUCAACAUCAUGGUGUUCUGAAGUGUGUGUGUGUGUGUGUGUGUGUGUGUGUGUGAGAGAAAUGGAUGGCUUUUAAUGGUCAUCUACUAAAGGUUGUGUCAGCGAUUGCAGGCCCAAACAUAAAUGAUCACAUUAAUCUAAUCUUUCCUCACGAUCCGCUAGCUGCCCGCCCCAUAAGCAGGCUGUCAAAAAAAAAUGUGUCUCUUUAGGCAGCCGAGGCUCGGAGAUCUGUACACAAAAACAGUAGACCGCAACAGUGCUACCACUACCAACCACUCAAAACCAAAAUGAAUAGUGUUCCAACCAGUCACCGACGAGAUGCCCGUUUAGGAGAGUUUCGAUUUAGAGGGAGUAGCGAGCUAGCUAGCUCUAUUUUGUUUGAAUGUCAACAGAAGUGACAUUACCCUGCAAUCGCUGAUACAACCUUUAACUAUUGAAUUAUUAUGUGUAAGACGUUUUGUCCUAAAAACCUUUCCCGAUUAAUGUUACGUGUCUGCACAGGUCUUGUUUAGUGUCAGUAUUUUAAGCAUAAAGGAAGAUUUAAGUUUCCCCAGUGUACACAAAUAGCACUAAAUGUACUUAUAAAGGUAAAGUAAAUGUAGGAAAGAGAUUUUUAAUGUAAUUUGCAUCUAGACAUUCCAAGAUUAGUUACUUGAAAAGGGAUUUCUUUGGUAAUGAUUGAUUUAUUUUCACAGUGUUCAGGUACACCAGAUGCCAGUGUGUAUUAUUAUUAUUAUUAUUAUUAUUAUUAUUAUUAUCAUAUUUUUUGGUAGUUGUUGUCACGCCCGUUGUUGUGAAAUGCAAACAUAGUUUUAAUUGUUUGCAAAAUAUUACAAUAGAUGUCAAUAGGCAUAUUCAUUUAUUAAAUUUCCAUCAUAUGGGGUCAAUCUGUUUUAUAUUUUUCUUGAUGUUGUGGUAUGGAUAAGAAACACUAAUUGUACAUGGAUUGUAUCUUUUGCCAACAGACUUUUUACCUUUUGUGGUCUUUAUCAGUGUUGAAGCAGUAAACUGCAUGAAAAUAAAGCAACAAUUUGCCACUUUUAUCAGA